AUGUUUUCAAUUUUGCUUCUACCAAAACCCUGUGUGUAUUUGUGUGUGUGUGGCAUGUGUGUGUGGUGUGGCGUGUGUGUGUGGUGUGGCAUGUGUGUGUCUUUGUGUGUGUCUGUGUGGCAUGUGUGUGUGGCAUGGCAUGUGUGUGGCAUGUAUGUGUCUUUGUGUGUGUGGCAUGUGUGUGUGGCAUGUGUGUGGUGUGGCAUGUGUGUGUCUGUACGUGGCAUGUGUGUGUCUGUGUGGCAUGUGUGUGGUGUGGCAUGUGUGUGUCUUUGUGUGUGGCGUGGUAUGUGUGUGUGUGGCAUGUGUGUGUGGCAUGUGUGUGUCUUUGUGGCGUGGUAUGUGUGUGUGGCGUGGCAUGUGUGUCUUUGUGUGUGUGUGGCAUGUGUGUGUGGCGUGGCAUGUGAGGGUGACAUGUGUGUGGCAGGUGUGUGUCUUUGUGUGUGUGUGGCAUGUGUGUGUGGCAUGGCAUGUGUGUGUGGCAUGGCAUGUGUGUCUUUGUGUGUGUGGCAUGUGUGUGUGCUGUGGCAUGUGUGUGUGGUGUGGCAUGUGUGUGGCAUGUGUGUGUCUGUGUGUGGCAUGUGUGUGUGGCGUGGCAUGUGUGUCUUUGUGUGUGGCAUGUGUGUGGCGUGGCAUGUGUGUGUGGCAUGGCAGGUGUAUGUGGCGUGUGUGUGUGGCAUGUGCGUGGCGUGGCAUUUGAGGGUGGGGAGUGAUGGGUGUCCAUCUGUCUGGUUCCUCUACUCUGUUCUUGUUUGGCUUUAUUCAGUCAACUUUACAUUAUGA